AUGUUGUUUUAUAAAAUAGCAUUUACCUUUAUAGUAUUUCUUACUUCACUUAUAUCAGCAACAAGUUUUAUAAAAUCAAAUUCAUUAUUAACAUGUAUGGAUAAUUCACAAUUUACUGCUUCAUAUUUUAAUAUUAUAUUUUAUCCAAAUAAUAGAACUAUAUAUUUUGAUGUUACUGCUAUAUCAUCAAUUGAUAAUAAGAAAGUUGGUGCUUAUGUUAAUGUUAUUGCAUAUGGUUUAAAUGUUUUACAAAGAAAUAUAUCAUUAUGUGAUUUAGAUUAUACUCAAAAUAAUAAUCCAAAUAAUAAUCCACUUUGUCCUUUAACUUCUGGUCAUUUAGAUUUAGAUUCUUCUUAUACUUUAGGAGAAUCUGUUACGAAACAAAUUCCUGGAGUUGCUUAUACUAUACCAGAUUUAGAUGCAAGAGUUAAAGUUUUAGUUUAUGAUAUUGAAACUUAUGAUCAAUUAGCUUGUGUUGAAGCAACUUUAUCAAAUGGUAAAACUGUUCAAACUAAAUAUGCUGCAUGGCCAAUUGCUGCAGUUGCUGGUUUGGGUGUUAUUACUUCUGGUGUUAUAUCAGUUAUUGGUCAUUCAAAUACUGCUGCUCAUAUUGCUUCUAAUUCAAUGUCAUUAUUUAUUUACUUCCAAUCUUUAGCUAUUACCGCAAUGAUGGCUGUUGCAAGAGUUCCACCAAUUGCUGCUGCUUGGGCUCAAAAUUUCAUGUGGUCUUUAGGUUUAGUUAGAGUUGGAUUUGUUCAAAAUAUUGCUAAUUGGUAUGUUCAAUCUACUGGUGGUACACCAACUGAUAUUAUUGGAUCACAAUAUUUAUCUAUUUCAGUACAAAAAAAAUUUGUUAAAAGAGCUAUUUCUUCAAUUUUUGAUCAAAUUAUUUUUAGUCAACAAACAAGAAAUGAUAGAAUCCAAAAAAGAGCUAGUGUUUUAUUGGAUUCAGAUACUUUUGGAACUUCAGAUAAUUUAGAUCCUGCAUUAUAUUCAACAGAUGAAAAAUCCGAUAGUUUAUCUGGGAAAAUUUUGGUUUUAAGAGGUAUUCAAAGAGCUGCUUAUUUAUUAAGUAUUGAAAUUACAAAUAUUUUUAUGACUGGUAUUAUUUUUGUAUUUUUUUUCGCAUUUGUUAUGAUUGUUUGUCUUAUGUUAUUUAAAGCAAUUAUUGAAAUAUUAAUAAGAUCCAAAUUAAUGAAUGAAGGUAAAUUCAAUGAAUAUCGUCAACAAUGGUCAUCAAUUAUCAAAGGUUCUAUAUAUCGUUUAUUAAUUAUUGCAUUACCACAGAUUAGUUUAUUAUGUAUUUGGGAAUUAACUGUUAGAGAUUCUGCAGGUACAACUGUUGUUGCAGUAUUUUUAUUAGUUUUAUCAGUUGUAUUAUUAUUCCAAGGUGCAAUAAGAGUUUUCCUUAAAGGUAAAAAAUCAGUAAGACAAUUUAAAAAUCCAGCAUAUUUAUUAUUUGGAGAUUCUAAAUUUUUAAAUAGAUUUGGAUUUUUGUAUGUUCAAUUUAAAGCUGAUUGUUAUUGGUUUAUUUUAGUUUCAUUGUUUUAUAUUUUUAUUAAAUCAUUAUUGGUUGCAGUAUUACAAAAACAUGGUAAACCACAAUCAGUAAUUAUAUGGGCCAUUGAAUUAAUUUAUUUGGUUGUAUUAUGUUGGAUUCGUCCGUUUAUGGAUAAAAGAACAAAUGCUUUUAAUAUCACAAUCAGUGUUAUAAAUUUUAUAAAUGCAUUAUUUUUCAUGUUUUUCUCAGCUAUUUUUGGUCAACCAAAUGUUGUUUCAUCAGUUAUGGCGGUUGUUUAUUUUAUAUUAAAUGCAGUAUUUGCUUUGUUUUUGUUAUUAUUCACCAUCAUUACUUGUGUAUUAGCAUUAAUUUAUAAAAAUCCAGAUACAAGAUAUCAACCAAUGAAAGAUGAUCGUGUUUCAUUCUUACCAAACGGAGGACAAGGUAAAGGAGGAGAUGAUGAUAUGGAAUUAAUGGCAUUAGGAGCAACAGCAAUGAAAGGUCAUGAACAUAGUCAACAUAAAAACAAAAAUGGAUCAACAAUGUUUGAUGAUGAAGAUUCUUAUGAAGAAGAUUCAGUUUAUCAAAGAACAAGAAAUUUAAGUGGUCCAGGAAUAUCAUCAACUUCAGGAAGUGGAUCAAAUUAUGAAUCAAAAAGAGAUUCAAUAAGUUUUAUGGAACCAACUCAACCAGGCUCAACAAUAGUGGGGAAUCCAUAUAAUGCAUUACCACAAAGUGCGUCACAAUCAAAUAUAAAUAAUCAAAACAAUAAUGGAUUCAGUUAUGGUAAAACUGAUGCUUAUCAAGGAUCAGUAUCAAGUCCUCAUAAUCCUUAUUUCCAGCAAACUUCAUAUAGUAAUACAAAUCAAUAUCAAGCAAGAAAUCCAAAUCAAAGAACAAAUUUUAGGUGA